UUAUAGUCCCCAUUAAACUGAUCAAGACCUAAUGGCUUCAAUGGUGAUAAUGGCUUCCUACAAGAUUAUCCCACUCUUGUUCUUUAUCACCUUCCUCUCUUCUGCAACCUCUGAUGAUGAAUCACAACCUACUUUUCUUUCCCAUGCGUGCUCUUCCGACAAAACGUUCCCUGCCAAUAGUGCCUUCCAAUCCGACCUCACCACCCUCCUCUCUUCCUUAGCUUCCGACAACACCGCCAACACUGACUUCUACAACACCACCGUUGCUGGCGGCGGCGAAACUGCAUAUGGCCUCUUCAUGUGCCGGGGCGACGUCACCCUCGAGGUGUGCCACCAAUGCGUGGUCGAGGCAACCAAAAGAUUGACUUCCGAUUGCCAGUUCUCGAAGGAGGCCGUAAUCUGGUACGACGAAUGCAUGCUUCGCUAUUCCAACACCUCCUUCUUCUCCACCGUCGACACAAGGCCAAGACUCGGCCUCUUGAACACUGGAAAUAUCGCCAACCCUGCAAGCUUCAUGAGAUUAUUGUUCACUACUAUGAACGAGACAGCAGAUUUGGCAGCGAAACCUGCCUUGGGCGAAAAGAAGUAUGCGACGAAAGAAGCGUUCAUUUCGGGGUUUCAAACUCUGUAUUGUCUAGCCCAGUGCACGCCGGACCUUUCGCCGGAAGAUUGCAGAAGGUGCCUGAGCGGCGUGAUUGGGGACCUUAACUGGUGUUGCGAUGGCAAGCAAGGAGGAAGGGUUCUAUACCCUAGCUGUAAUGUUCGCUAUGAACUGUACCCAUUCUAUCAAACACCAGCUUAGAAGUCAGUGAAGUGAUUCCUCCAUAUAAGCUUGAAAGUUGGAGAGAUCUAUAAUUCUUAAGUCUCUAUUUGAGUUAGUAGUCUGCUUAUUUUUCCGUUUGAAUGACGGGUCAUUCAUUCAGGCAAAAAUGUACUCAUAUUUUAUAUCAAUAAGGCUCUGGAUCGAGAUGACUUUCUUAA